CCCGACCCAGGUUUCAAAGGUAACGUUCAAGCGACGCCCCGGAGAAUGAGAUACGUGUCCGCGAGCGGUGGCCAAGCGGAGCUGGAACCAGGGACGAAAAGAUGAAGUAUGUCAGCAGCCGAGGAGGAGCAGGAAGCAUUGAUUUUGAGGGUGCUCUCUUUUCUGGGUAUGCCAUAGAUGGUGGCCUCUUCAUGCCCCAAACAAUCCCAGUCCUGGACUACACCACCCUUCAAGCAUGGAGAAACUUUUCCUAUCCAGAACUGGUGAAACAACUGUGCCCUCUCUUCAUCUCACCUGAACUCAUUCCGAAAGCAGAACUGAAUGACCUGAUUGACAGAGCAUUCAGCAGAUUCAAACACAAAGAUGUUGUUCAUCUGUCGAGACUCAAGAACGGCUUGAACAUUUUGGAGCUUUGGCACGGUGUGACAUAUGCUUUUAAGGACCUGUCCUUGUCUUGCACAGGGCAGUUCCUGCAAUACUUUCUGAAGAAAAAGAAGCAGCACGUCACAAUUCUAGUGGGGACUUCAGGAGAUACUGGCAGCGCAGCGAUUGAAAGUGUCCGGGGUGAAAAGAAUUUGGACAUAUUUGUUCUGCUGCCACAUGGUCUCUGCAGCCAAGUACAAGAACUACAGAUGACAACAGUAAUAGAAGAGAAUGUCCACGUGUUUCUCACUGAAGGAAAUAGUGACGAUAUAGAUCAGCCAAUCAAAGAAUUGUUUGCAGAUGACGAUUUUUCAAGAAGACACAACCUGAUGAGCCUGAAUUCAGUCAACUGGUCUAGGAUUCUGCUGCAGAUUGCUCAUUAUUUUUACGCUUACUUCCGGUGCGCUCCAACCAUGGAUGCUCUUCCGUUGCCAGUUGUGGAAAUUGUGGUUCCAACUGGAGCAGGAGGAAAUCUCACAGCUGGAUGCAUUGCACAGAAGAUGGGGCUCCCUGUUGAGCUUGUGGCUGUUGUGAAUGACAACGACAUUGUGCACAGAGCUAUUCAGCAAGGAGAUUUCUCAUUGUCCAGGACUGUAAAGUCCACGCUAGCUUCAGCAAUGGAUAUUCAGGAACCUUACAAUAUGGAGAGGAUUUUUUGGCUACUUUCUGGCUCAGAUAGCAAUUUGGUCAAAAGUUUGAUGGAAGAAUUUUAUACUGCUAAAAAAGUUCAACUCCCAUCAGAGUUGCAAAAGAAGCUCUCGGAAGGUCUGAAAUCUUGCACAGUCUCAGAUGAAGAAAUUAUCCAAACCAUGAGAUGCUGCUGGGAGGAGAACCACUAUCUCUUGUGUCCCCAUACAGCUGUUGCUGUUUGCUACCAUUACAAGCACACCAUUUGCCAUCCAAGCAUUUCCAGAUGCUGCUUGGCUCCCGCCUCCCCCGUCAAGUUUGAAGAUGCUGUUCGUAAAGCUGGCCUCACUCCCGUGGUCUCAACUGAGAUAAAUAUGCUCAAAGAUAUGGAGACCAGAUCCUGCACCCUAAAGAGAGGUGAAGACUGGGCAAAAAUACUAAAGGGUCGAGUAGAAGCAGAUGCAAAGCAAAGGAAUCAUAUCCAAAGCUGAAGAGUUGCAAUACAUAAAUAAAUAUGGACUCUAAGGCUAGAAUCAUACUUAAAGUCUUGCUGAAUCAAGGUCUCCUACUGUUAUGCAAGGGAUACAAUGAUGGUAGACACUGCUUCUUUUGCUAAUCAGUAAAGAAUAAUUUUGUCACCAUAAA